UGGCUGGAGGGAGAUGACAAAUGGAGGAGGGCACCCCCAUUACAACCAUGGUGGCCAGACCGGGGGUUCCCACAGCACACCGCGCUACAUGCAGAAGAAACACCACCGCCACAGACACAGGUCCUCCUCCCCGAUGGGCCGGGUCAUUCUCAUCAACUCACCUGUUGAUGGAGGCGAGGACAGUGAAGACAUUCACACAGUGACAGUAGAUAAGAGUCCAGAUGGGCGGUUGGGGUUCAGUGUCCGUGGGGGGUCUGAACAUGGUCUCGGCAUAUUUGUCAGCAAGGUGGAGGAUGACAGCACUGCAGAGCAGGCUGGGCUGAUGGUGGGCGAUAAGCUGGUGGAGGUGAACGGGGUCAGCCUGGAGAGCAUCACCAUGAGCAGCGCUGUGAAGGUCCUGACGGGCAACAACAGGCUGCGGAUGGUGGUGAGACGAGUGGGCAAGAUCCCCGGCAUCCGCUACUCCAAGGAGAAGACCACAUGGGUGGAUCUGAUUCACCGGCGGAUGGUGGUGGAGGAGAGCGGUCGCACACCGUCAGAGACGAGUUCAGACAGCGCUCUCCGCAGGAUCGUGCAUCUCUUCACCACAUCAGAUGACUACUGUCUGGGCUUCAACAUCAGAGGAGGCAAAGAGUUUGGACUGGGAAUUUAUGUUUCUAAGUUGGACCCGGGUGGGCUUGCAGAGCAACAUGGCAUCAAAAUGGGCGAUCAAAUCCUUGCAGCAAACGGGAUCGGUUUUGAUGACAUCACCCAUAGCAACGCAGUCGAGGUCCUGAAGAGCCACACCCAUGUCAUGUUGACCAUCAGGGAAGCCGGGAGAUAUCCUGCUUACAAGGAGAUGGUGGCAGAAUACGGCUGGCUCGACCAACAGGCCAAUGGGGGCCGUGCUCCAUCCUCCCAAGGAUCAGACUCAAACUCUUCUGCCUCCUCGUGGUCCUCCAGCACACCUCUCAGCUCCCUCAGUGGUCUCUCCCAGGUCCUUUUCCCUCAGGUCUUUGGCCCAGACAUGGUAGACAUCGCCAUCUCCACAGAGGACCGCUCCCGACGUCCAAGCAGCGCAGAGAGAACUGCUGACACCGCCAUGCAGACCGACCCCCAUCCUCCAAACUACCAGGACCACCCCUUAACUAAUGGGUCCUUCCCUGAAAUGCCAGUCACCACAGAAACCAGCAGGACUGUAGGGGCCACGGUGCUUCUGAAGGACACAGUGAUUCGAGGGAUAGGGCGGAGACGUACAAGGACGCUGUCAUCUGGGAAACAGGAAGAAGUGAAAGAAUCACCUAAGACAGCGGCGCUGAUGGCCCUGAGCAGACCGCGUAAACCAAUCAGACGUUCUCAGAGCCACACCACUGCAUCAGAGGAAAAACAAAAGAAAAAGAAACAGCAGAAGGAAAAGAGCACGAGAGAGGGUAAAACCAGCCUGCAGCGAUCCAAAACCUUUGUCAACCUCUUCUUUAAGAAAGACCGUAAAGGGAAGAGCCGCUCCAAGUCACCGUCCCACCAAGCAGACAAAGAUAAGGAGCGGGGUCGUUCCUUCCAGCUCUUGACCUCUCCGAGGGAAUCCCGUGCUGGGGUUAAAGACAACAGCCCCCUGCCCCGACCAGAGACCCUGAAGCAUGUGGAGGACAUGGCCAAGAGACUGCUCAGUCAGGAUGAGGUGGCUGCUGUGAUGAGACACUGCAGGCGGUUUUUAUCCGAGAAUGUGACUGAGGAUUUGGUGCGUCCUCUUUUGGCAAUCUUGGACAGGCCAGAGAAACUGCUGCUUCUCAGAGAAAUAAGGAUGCUGAUUCCUACAUCAGAGCUGGGUCGGUUUGACAGCAUGGUCAUGCCCUUUGAGCUGGAGGCGUACGAUAUUCUUAAGAGUCGCUCUGUUCGUUCUCCAGCUCUGCGCUCCCCUCGCAGUGGAACCCCUCGCCGCCACCUCAUCACGCCUGUCCCAGACUACAGGGGUGGGUUCCACCUCCAGCCGGUCCAGGACACCCAGCCGGAGCGUCAGUUGAUUGAGGAUUUCGAGAGGUUGCGUUUUUCUGGCCAGCAGUCAGGCCAUCUGCCUCCAUCCCGUGCCUUCACCCCUCUGCUGGAUGUACCUGUGGACAGCUACACCUCCUCCACCGGGCGCACCCGCUCCCUGAGUCCCUCGCUCACCCACAGCUUACUCCUCACAGAAUCCCCUCACAGCACCCAGCGUGGGCGCCAACCCCAUCGCUCUCCCAACAGAAGAGAAAACGGGGCCUCGCGGUAUGAUGACGUCUCCUUGUUGUCAGCGUCUGACCGAGGAGACCUUGAUCGAGGGAGGUCACCUGUGAGGAACGGCCAUGUGAGGGCAAGGAGGGAGGUGAGUCCUGACAGCAUGGAGGGCAGACAGCGCAGGCAGGAGGGCUUCACAGAGGUCAGCGUUCGCGUUCCUUCACAGCGGAAAGGGAGAACCCCUCUGUCUGAUGUGUUCGAGCCCCAGAGAGACAAGAGUCCAUCUACAGGCAGAGAGAGCAGUCAGCAGCUCAAUGGACAUUCACAAAACGGUCACGGUGUGAAAAGAAGAGCACCUGAAGAGUAUGCAAUCAACACUUUGACCAUCACCAAGGUCAAGCAGUCACUGGGUAUUAGUAUCUCUGGAGGGAUGGAGUCAAGAGUGCAGCCCAUGAUAAAGAUUGAGAAAAUAUUCCCAGGAGGAGCUGCGUCUACAAAUGAGUCUCUUAAGGCAGGAUAUGAGCUUUUGUCCGUGGACGGCGAAAGUCUUCAGGGGGUGACUCAUCAGCACGCGGUGGACGUUAUUCGCAGAGCGUUCAGUAACAAGGCCAAAGACCCGAUGGUUUUUAUGGUCAAGGUCCCAAAGGUCCCCAGCAGCCCCAGGAAACCUGCGGACUAACCUCUGUGUGCCUUACAGUCAAACUGAUGUUCAGGCAUGAGGACACAAAACCUGCAAGUCCUGCGCUAGUGAAUGAAUCCAGGAUUCACUCCAGAAGAAGAAAUAUGAGACAGCUAGAUCUCCGGUCAGUGUGGAGGGGAACGGAUACACAGAAGCAUGUGUCCUAUGAAAGGCAGAGUUAUGACAGUAAAUAUGUCAAAUAAAAGGUGGACAUUAGAGAGAAGGUUUUUACGACUGCUACAGUAGUUUAUUUAUCAGGACACCGAUAAGAUCCAGUUUGCUACAAUGUAAUUAAGUGCACUUCAAAUGUAAUGUACGUUUUUUAACGUUCUUAGUGUUUUUAGCAAACAUUUGACUUAAUACAUACAUUGCACAUCAACUAGACAAACACUAAGUAAUACAGUUUUGUGAUAAUUGAAUUCAUGAACUUGGUUGAAAUUGCGGCAUUGUUUGACUCCUGGCAACCCUGCCGUGACCUCUAAGUCUGAUAGUGGUCUGUGUUUUUCAGCUGGAGCAUCUCCUUCCACAGGCCUGCCAGAGAGAGAUUACCCCAGCCUGCGUUAUGAGAUUUAUAGAUUUAUACACAGAUUAAAACCCUGUAUUAUGUCAAAACUGAUAGUUUGGGUUUAGUGGAUGUCAGGGGGGAUUAUUACGAAUUGCUGCUCAGUAUUUUUGUGCCGUUUUUCUGGCAAAAGUGCUUGUGCUCUGGAGCAAUCCGCCACUUUAGAGGCUUAAUUACACCCCGCUGUGGACUGAGCUUAUGCAGACAUGUGGAGGAGUUGGAAAAACAUGUCAAUGAGAAAUGCAGGACAUGAAGGCCAGUGGUAUGGUUUAAAUUAAAGUCGGGUAGAGGUGAUAUGGGCAGCAAGGUAACUGGAAUACAGUGUGCGUAGUGCCUUACUUAUGUAGAUGGCUAAUGGGGAGAAAUACAUACAAAUGUGCUAAAAAAGCGAAAGUUAAAACGUUUUGAUUCAGAGAUGCAAUUCAAAGAUGAAAUUGAACAUAUCUAUUGAGUUACCAUAAACAAUAAAAGCUCAUUCAAAAUACUGCUUUAAUUUCAUGUUUCAGGUAAAAAAAGUUCAACAGUAACGUGUGACAACUUGUUCUUUAAUUAAAAAACACAGUCAUUUGUACAAGAAAUGUACACAUAAAAAUAUACAUGGACAACUAGAUACUUUGUGAAUUACUGAAGACACAAUGUAAGUAAACAUUAAAAAAAAUGCACACAAAAGGAUGAGAAAAAUGCCACAAAAAAAGAAAAUGUGUUACGUUGCUUUGGUCUAGUCACAGUGGCUACAUUUGAAAUAGAUAUUUUGUCUAAAUAAAAGACAAUGUCACUCUGUUAUACUAUUUAGUGUUUUACAUAUUUACAAGGGGAAAAUGGUUAUGCAACGAAGAGAAACUGAGAUGUGAGGAAAGAAUUUAAGUCUACGGUGCACACAGUACUUGUCAGGUUGGUUGUUAAUCUGUAUCUUUACUGCCUUUAUGGUGAGUGUGUAACAGUCUAGGUCUGGUUGACAAAUUGAAUAUGGGUUGGACAAACCCAACUUGUUCCAUUCUUGGUCACUUCCCAUGGCUUUAUGUUGAUGUAUACAGAACUAAUAAUCUAAACAUUCUCUCAAUCCACAGUGAAUGUGGUGAGGUCAUGCAAAAUAUAGUCUGACAAUCAUACUGAUACACUUUCUGAAAGGGGUAUGAUAUCAUUUCCAGGUAUAUGAAAAUUAACAAUGUUCUGGUUUGCAUCUGCUGCGGCCCUAACCUAAUGAACAAUCACCAUCUCAUGCGUUUUUAAACUACUGACGUGCACGAAACCCAACGCUGCUUGAUACUGAGGAUCAAACGAAAGAUCAAUCAAAAAGGAGGGACAACAAGUCAAAAAUGAACCUUAACAAAGCUCCCAACUGUUUGUAUCAGAUGCAAAAUUUGGUCUUUAGAGUGUAUGCUAAUGUCACACAGAUUAUAUAAUGUAAACAUAUUCUCAUGCAUUACAGUAUUAGGUGCACUCCUUCUAUGUUGCCACCUCCACUUAUAACUGAUCCAUCAUUUGAAUUAUUUGUAUGUGAUAGAUAUUUAUAUAUAUAUAUAUAGAAGUCUUUAUGUUUUGUUUAUUAAACCCACACUUAAAUCAGUACUACAACAAAAUAUCUUCAGGUGCUAUAUAUAAAAAAAUAUACAACAUCUCCUCCAUUAUAUAGAUUUCCAUUUAAUGAUUAUUCCUUGAUAUAGACUAUUUGUAAAAUAAAAGUUCUCAGCCCUCUUCUUUUUUUCAGUAGAGACCCGCCAUGAGCAGUGUUCCCCACAGCCCUGCAUAUACUGUGAGAAAACAGCUUCAAAUGUGAACAUACUCCCCACCGGUUUAUAUUUAGGGCUUUUAAAACCGACCUGCCUUGAGGACAGUCAGCUCUGGAGCUACUGCGUCUGCAAACUCACAUCUCACCGCUACCUGAACCGGCUUCCUCUGAAAUCUGAUACAACGAACAACGACAUGCAGGCAUGCCAGUCUUGCUACCUAUAUAGCAGUCAGUGACGUUAUAGUCUAAGGGAGUCUAGGAAGACUUUUAAAGUGUUAUUUGGCUUUGGGCUGCCAAAAGCUAAAUAAAGAGCACUAAUGGGAAUGAGGGAGAAUAAACGGAAACUCUGAAUAAGCAUGCCUUAAAUCUCUCAAUGACGUCACGACCAAAGAAGAAUUUGCUCCAAUUUUAGUUUCCUGAUACCAACUGCCAGCUGUUACAAAAAUAGAGUAAUAAGCAGAGAUAGAGAUGGAGAGAGAGAGUGCACAUAGAGACAAAGGCAGAAAUAGAAAGAAGGAG